CUCCGUGCUUGCACUUCAUGCAUUUUUUGGCACUGGUUUUCGCUGUUUCGCGGCGUUGUUAACUUCCCUUCUCCCCACUACCUUCCACAAUCUCCAAACAUGGGUCGGAAACACGACGCCGUUUUGGUCGGCAAACCAGUUGCCGAAGAAGCACCCUACAGCCCCGAGCUCGAUUCCGAGAAGAAGAAGAAGAAGAAGAAGAAUAAGAACAAAGACAUGCAGCAAGAAAGCGAAAACAGCCCCAAACGAAAGCUCGACGAUCUCGACCCGCAAAACGGCACCGAAUCGAAGAAGAAGAAAAAGAAGAAACACCACGACUCCAAAGAGAAUGCAGAGGAAACCAACGGUGAAAGGAACAACGACAACGGCGCUAAUCGCGAUGAAACGGUGGCGGACGGCUCUGUAGUGGUUACUGGAAAGAAUGCCGGAGAUGCGAAGUACGCGGCGGUAAAAAGUUUUUCGGAAUCGGGACUGCCGGAGAAUGUGCUGGAGUGUUGCAAGGGUUUCGAGAAGCCUUCUCCAAUUCAAUCGCGGGCGUGGCCUUUCUUAUUGGACCGCCGUGAUUUGAUUGGAAUCGCUGCCACUGGAUCAGGGAAAACGUUGGCGUUCGGGAUACCGGCGAUUAUGCAUGUUUUGGGAAAGCGGAAGGGUAAAGGUUCCAGGGGACGGAACCCUCUUUGCCUCGUGCUCUCUCCUACUCGAGAGCUAGCACAACAAAUAUCAGAUGUCAUCUGUGAUGCGGGUAGUUCUUGUGGUGUGGAAUCAAUCUGUUUGUAUGGUGGAACCUCCAAAGGCCCUCAAAUCUCCUCACUAAAAUCUGGCAUGGACAUUGUCAUUGGAACUCCUGGUCGUAUUCAGGAUCUAAUUGAAAUGGGUGUCUGUUGCCUCAAAGAAGUAUCUUUUGUGGUACUUGAUGAAGCAGAUCGGAUGCUUGACAUGGGUUUUGAGCAAAUAGUCCGCUCUAUACUGGGUCAGACAAGUUCUGAUCGUCAAAUGGUUAUGUUCAGUGCUACAUGGCCUUUGGCAGUUCAUCACUUGGCUCAGGAGUUCAUGGAUCCCAAUCCUGUAAAAGUUGUUGUAGGUUCAGAAGACUUGGCUGCCAAUCAUGAUGUCAUGCAGAUAGUUGAGGUCUUGGAUGAUCGUGCUCGUGAUAGGCGCCUGGUUGCUUUACUGGAAAAGUACCACAAAUCUCAAAGCAAUCGAGUAUUGGUCUUUGUUUUGUACAAAAAUGAAGCCAAACGAGUUGAAAAUAUGCUUCAAGAAGGGGGUUGGAAGGUUGUUUCAAUACAUGGGGACAAAGCUCAACAUGAUCGCACAAAGGCACUCUCAUUGUUCAAAAAGGGAAGCUGUCCUUUAAUGGUUGCUACUGAUGUGGCUGCACGGGGAUUGGAUAUUCCAGAUGUUGAAGUAGUGAUAAACUAUAGUUUUCCUCUGACUACAGAAGAUUAUGUUCAUAGAAUUGGGCGGACUGGACGAGCUGGUAAGAAAGGUGUUGCCCAUACAUUCUUCACACAGCAGAAUAAGGGACUUGCUGGGGAGCUGGUGAAUGUUUUGAGGGAAGCAGGGCAAGUCGUACCCGAUGACCUCCUGAAAUUUGGCACACAUGUAAAGAAAAAGGAGUCCAAGCUUUACGGGGCCCACUUCAAGGAAAUCCCUGUUGAUGCUCCAAAGUCUCAAAAGAAAACAUUUGACGACUCUGACGAUGAAUGAUUGACUUUGUGUUUAUCUUUGGCUGAAGGAAUAUGUGAAUUCAGUCAUUUCUUACUCUUUAUUCGAGUUAUUUAUUACUUUAAAAGGUAAUAAAGAAAGAUUAGUUAUAAAUAGGUUAGUGAGUCUUUUCCUGUUGUAGCUUGCACUUAUGUGUGCCUGUAAGCUUUUUUUUCUCGUUACAAGAUGAUAAUUUUAAAUUCACAUAUUUUUAGACUUUUAAUUGAUUAAUUAAUUAAUUUACUAUUU